AUGGAAGGUAUGGAAGACUCCAUACCUCAUAUUUUGCAGAUUUAUGUUCGAGCCCAAUUUGAUUAUAAUCCUUUGGAAGAUGAUUUGAUACCUUGUGCACAAGCCGGUAUUGCCUUUAAAACUGGAGACAUUUUACAAGUUAUAAGUAAAGACGAUCAUAAUUGGUGGCAAGCAAAGAAAGAUGGAGCUGAUGGUACUGCUGGAUUAAUACCGUCACCAGAAUUACAAGAAUGGCAUACAGCUUGUUUAGCAAUGGAAAAAUCACAAAAUGAUCAAGUUAACUGCUCGUUUUUUUCUCGUAAGAAAAAGCAUUUUAGAGACAAAUACUUAGCAAAACAUAAUGCUAUAUUUGAUCAGUUAGAUGUUGUUACAUAUGAAGAAGUGGUUAGGUUACCAUCAUUCAGAAGGAAAACACUUGUCUUAUUAGGUGCUCAUGGAGUUGGUAGAAGACAUAUAAAAAAUACACUUAUCAGCAAUCACCCUAAUAAAUAUGCUUAUCCCAUUCCACAUACGACAAGGUUGCCAAGAAAAGGAGAAGAAAAUGGUAAAAAUUACUAUUUUGUGUCUAAUGAUGAAAUGAUGGCAGAUAUAGCUGCUAAUGAUUAUCUUGAAUAUGGAACACAUGAAGAUGCUAUGUAUGGUACAAAGCUUGAAACUAUACGUAAAUUACAUCAGGAAAUGAAAAUGGCCAUACUUGAUGUUGAACCUCAGGCAUUGAAAGUUCUCAGGACAGCAGAAUAUGCUCCUUAUGUUGUUUUCAUUGCUGCACCAUCGGUUGGAAAUCUUCAUGAUGUGGAUGGAAGUUUAGAAAGACUAGCAAAAGAAAGUGAAUUAUUGCGGCAAGCAUAUGGACAUUUUUUUGAUCUCACCAUUGUCAACAACGACAUUGAUGAAACUAUUCGAAUUUUAGAAAAAACUUUGGAUAAAAUCAACACAAUACCACAGUGGGUACCUGUGAGUUGGGUUUAUUAA